CGGAAGCAGCAGCCAGCAGGGCGGGGCCGCGUAGGGCCCGCUGGUCAGGGAGGGCGCCGUGCGAGGGUGCGGGGCGUGUCUCCUGUCAAAAGCUAUGCUGGGCAGGUCUGGGUACCGGGCGCUGCCCCUGGGGGAUUUUGACCGCUUCCAGCAGUCGAGCUUUGGCUUUCUGGGCUCGCAGAAGGGCUGCUUGUCCCCGGAGCGGGGCGGCGUGGGGACGGGGGCCGGUGAGUGGCCGCCCGGCACGGCGGACCCGGGGGGGACCGGCCGGCAACCCCCAGGCCCGAAAUCUCUGCCUCCGAGGAGUCGGCCGGCCCGGCGCCGUCGCACCCUACGAGGGGGAACUGAGAAAGGGAUACGAUGUGGAGAGGGGGCUGGACCCGGCGCCUUGUGCUAGCGCUGAUCCGCCCUCCCUAGGGUCACGGGGCUGUGGCCCCGGAGCCAGCCAGCGUUGCUCCUAUAUUCCAAAACCUCACCUCACCACAUUUGUCCUCGGUUCUUAUCAGCCCUUUAGGCCUGGGAAGACGUUUCAGGUUCCUAUUUCGCAUAGAAGAAACCGAGGUCUAGGCAGAGGAGGCCACCAGCACCCUAAAGGCACCUGCUGCCAAGAAGUGGAAGAAUUUUCACCCUAGGGGGCAUCUCUAGAAGCCCGGGAACUAGGCAUCUCCUGGAUGUGCAGGCCAAAAAGACAGAUGCACCCCAGAGCUGGCCCUCCUGCCUCUGUCAUGGCCUCAUCAGUUUCCUGGGGUUCUUGCUGCUGUUGGUCACCUUCCCCAUUUCCGGCUGGUUUGCCCUGAAGAUCGUGCCCACCUAUGAGCGGAUGAUCGUGUUCCGCCUGGGCCGGAUCCGCACCCCCCAGGGACCUGGCAUGGUUCUGCUCUUGCCCUUCAUUGACUCCUUUCAGAGGGUGGAUCUGAGGACACGAGCCUUCAGCGUCCCUCCCUGCAAGGUGAGGGGCUUCUCAGCUGCCUUGACAGAGGAAUUGGGGGCCUGUCCAGAAUGUACUGUGGUGCCAGACCUUGGCCUGUGAGUCACCAUCUGAGGGGGAAAGGGGGAAGAAGAGACCAGAAAAUUGAUGGAGGCUGGGAGGACAUCCUUGCUUCAUACACCUAACCCUACAUACUUGGGGACACCAUUUGCCCUUGAGGAGCUAGCUGCCAAGCAGGUGGGUCAAGCUGGGUGGCCCCAGUGGGCCUGACCUCCCUGCACCCCCAGCCCCUCCAGUGUCUCUCUCUCAUGGCCUCCCCCAACAGCUGGCCUCUAAGGACGGGGCUGUGCUGUCCGUGGGAGCCGAUGUCCAGUUUCGCAUCUGGGACCCGGUGCUGUCGGUGAUGACUGUGAAAGACCUGAACACAGCCACACGCAUGACGGCCCAGAACGCCAUGACCAAGGCCCUGCUCAAGAGGCCGCUGCGGGAGAUCCAGAUGGAGAAGCUCAAGAUCAGCGACCAGCUUCUGCUGGAGAUCAACGAUGUGACCAGGGCCUGGGGUCUAGAGGUAGACCGAGUGGAGCUGGCAGUGGAGGCCGUGCUCCAGCCGCCCCAGGACAGCCCAGCUGGGCCCAACCUGGACAGCACCCUCCAGCAGCUGGCCCUGCACUUCCUGGGAGGAAGCAUGAACUCAGUGGCAGGAGGUGCCCCGUCCCCGGGGCCAGACACUGUGGAGAUGGUGAGUGAAGUUGAGCCGCCUGCCCCUCAAGUCGGUGCCAGGCCCAGUCCAAAGAAGCCUCUGGCAGAGGGGCUGCUCACUGCUCUACAGCCCUUCCUGUCUGAGGCCCUGGUCAACCAAAUCGGGGCCUGCUACCAGUUCAAUGUCGUCCUGCCCAGCGGCACCCAGAGCGCCUACUUCCUGGACCUCACUACAGGACAAGGAAGAGUGGGACAAGGGGUGCCUGAUGGCAUCCCUGAUGUGGUGGUAGAGAUGGCCGAGGCAGACCUGCGGGCCCUGCUGUGCAGAGAGCUACGGCCCCUGGGGGCCUACAUGAGCGGACGGCUGAAGGUGAAGGGCGACCUGGCCGUGGCCAUGAAGCUGGAGGCUGUCCUCAGGGCCCUGAAGUAGCAGCCUUGGUUGACUUUCCAUAGCCCAGUCCCAAGCCUGGCACCAAGCCCUAGGGGCCUCUUGGAGGAGGAAGUGUUCAUCUGUACCACCGAGAGUUGAGGCCCUAACAAGUGUCAAGCCCAGCCAAGAGCCCAUGGAUGGAGGCUGGGGGAGACUGAGUCUGGCUGCCAUGCACUUCUCCCCUACAGUGGUUCUCUGGACAAGCCUUUGUCCAUCCUGGUCCCCAGCUGAGUGCCCAGCCCUGAGCUGGGUGCACGGUGUGAUGCCAGGAGGGAAGCCAGGCCCGCCCUGCCGGGCCCUACCUUGCUGGCUUCCUGACUGAAGAGGCAGGACCCACAGUAACAGCCUGACAGCAGCUGGCUUGGACCUUGUGUGAGGGACCAAGCAUGUGGUCCAGGCUCUAAGCUCUGCAGUGAUUGGAGAGGGAUGGGGAGGGAUGGGAAGGCAGCCUCCAAGAAAAGGUCCCUGUGGCGUAGUUACCUGGGGAUCCUGGCUGGCCCGCCUUCCUGGCUGCAGUCCAGGCCCAGGCUAGCGGGAGUGGACAUGGGAAGGAGCAGGGCCUGCUGCUCCGCUGGCACUUUCCCGAAGAUGUCUGACUCAUCCAGCUCCGUCCUGCAUGCCUGGCGAGCUGGGCCCAGGGCAGCAUGAAGUAGAGCCCUGCGUUCUGUGCUUCUUACCGGAGGUUUGCAAAUCUCAGACAAAUAAAUGUGGUGUUUACAAUGUA